UCCUCCGUCCCCCCGAGCAAGGAAGGCAAAAGGCGAGGAGGUUCCCGCAGCAACACCGGCCCGGGCCAAAGUUUGGGCUGGAUGCCACGGCGGGGAAGGCGCCGUUGGGCAAAAGUUGCCGGCGGGGCGCGCAGCACAAACCCCGGGGCGCCUCCUCGGCCCGUUGCGCGCCGGGGCCGAUGAGAGCCCCGCAGCCGGUUCGGCCUCGCUCGGCGGCGGCGGCGGCGGCGGGGGUCCCCGGUCCUGGCGGCUCCUCCCCGCGAUCCUUCUGAGCCUCCUUUCUUCCUCCUUCUCCUCCUCCUCCUCCGGCGCGCCAUGGAGUUCUCGGCCAGGAAGCGCAGCAGGAAAUCUCAGAGCUUCAAACUCAUCCAUGCAGAUUAUCAUCCGGAGGUUUACAAGAUCCCAGAUUACAGCAACGAUGUGAACGGCAAUGCCAAAGAAAUACAAACACUUUAUUUAGGUGAUGAAAGCCGGGAGAUUAAAAAACAGAUCACGGGGAUGAGAAGACUACUGAACGACAGCGUGGGACGGAUCUACCAGCGAGUCGGGAAAGAAGGGGAAAAGUUGAAGGAAGAAGUCCAGGAUUUGGACCUGGCCUGGACUCCGCGGCUGAACCCUCCUGCGGACACCCCUGGCCACCUCCAGCCAUUGCAGAGCAGCUCCUGGAACGAAUUGUCUCCCCAGACCGGACACUAUUCAGGGCAGUACGGCACCCGCUCCAAAACCUCUUUCCAGAACCAGGCCAGAACCCUGGGGACAAACGGAGAAAUCCCAGUGGCCAACGCCGCCUCCGCCUCCUCCUCUUCCGGAUCAAACUGUUGCACUUGCAAUUGUCAGCCAGCUCUGCAGGCCAUUCUUCAGGAGCUGAAAACUAUGAGGAAGAUCAUGCAGAUCCAAGCCGCAGCUGCCCAGAACCGACCUCAGCCCCUGGUUCCUCUGGCUACCUUGCAGAAAUCCACAGUCUCAAGGAAGAGGAAUAAAAAGAAAAAAGUGACCCCAAAGACUGUCGAGCCCCUUGCUGUGAAACAGGAACCGGGCCCCGGCAAGAACAGCAGGAAGUUACCCGCGAAUUUGGUUGACCGGUUGAGCGUGGAAGCGGCCGAGGCCUCCGUGAAAACGGAGCCGCCGGUUUCAGGAUUCGGCAUCGUGCUCGAAUCCUCGUCUUCAGAUCCAGAAGUGCAGCUUGCUGAGGGUUUUGAUGUUUUUAUGCCUAAAUCGCAACUGGACUCUAUUUUAGCCAAUUACACUCGCUCAGGAAGCCUCCUCUUUCGAAAACUGGUGUGCGCGUUUUUUGACGACAAGACGUUGGCCAACUCUCUGCCGAACGGCAAAAGGAAAAGGGGCCUCAAUGACAACCGGAAAGGAUUAGACCAAAAUAUUGUGGGUGCAAUAAAAGGGAGUCCCCUAGACAGGAGCGGGAAGCGAUGCCCUUGCAGGACUCUGCUCUGCCUGGCUCCAUUCACCCAAGUCGACUUGAUCAAGCUGUCCUUCGAGACACUGUAG